AUGAAUAGCGAUUACCCUGCAACAUUUCCUGAAAGAUAUGAAGUAAAAGAUCCAUUAAUUCUUGAAGCUGACUCACAAAUUGACCGAGAAAAAGUACAGCUUGUUUCGUGGUUAAAUAAAGAAUUAUUAACCGAUAAAAAGAUAACACAAGAAUAUAAAUAUAUGCCAAUUAAAGAAGAAGGAAAUGAUUUUUUUUAUGCAUUGAGUGAUGGAGUUAUAGUUAAACAUAUAAUUAAUAAAUUUUAUAACCAAUAUAAUAUUGAUGUUAAAUAUGGGAAGGCUGGACUUAUUUCUAAGAAUGCUAAUAUCACUAAUGUCAUUAAAAUCGCUAAUAUUAUUCUUUCAAAAGGAGUUACUAUUAGUGAAAGUAAUUUGUCUACUCCUAAUAAAACUACAGCGUCAUUAGUAUUAGGAUUUAUUUGGAUGUUAUUUGAUAAAUUCCAAGAAAAAGAUAUUAAAUUAUCUAUGAAAGAGAAAGGUGUUGAUGUUUCUAUGGAAGAAUUUUUGUUGAAUUGGGUUAAUAAAGCACUUGAGGAAGAAGGAGUUGAUAAAAGAAUCAAUAAUUUCGGAAGUGAUAUUAAAGAUUCAGAAGCAUAUCUUUAUUUACUUCAUCACCUAAAUAAUAAUUGUUCAUUAGAAGCAUUAAAUAGUUCUAAUUUGAUUGUUAGAGCUACAAGUUUCUGA